AUGCCAGACAACGCUACUCGGGACAUGGAGUCCCAGCCAUCGCCUGGCAUAGAUCCUGCGCUGCAGCCGGAGCACCAGCAUCACCAUACGCACCACCACCACACCACAUUUGCCGAGAAAGGCCACGAGGACGAAGUCGAAACAGCGGGGUUUGAGAAAGGAAUUGUCCCGGAGCCGACUCCACUAGAUCACGCCAGUAAAAGCCAGAGUCAAAGCACAGGAGAUGAGGAAACGGGAAAUAGUGCUGAGCCGGCCGCGCGCCCAUGGCAUCGCCGCUUGACAAAGCAUUGGCGACAUGGCAUGCAUCUUGUGAUUUGGCUACUUUUCACCGGAUGGUGGAUCGCCGGUCUGAUUCUGCACCGAUAUGACCGAGGAUGGUUGAUUCCAUUCUUGCUCUAUCUGGCUAUCACGCUACGGAUUAUUUUCUUCUAUAUUCCUAUCAGCAUUGUCACAAAGCCUAUAUACUUCAUCUGGAACCACACUGCGCCGCCAUUUGUGAAUCUCAUCCCUGAGAAGUUGAGAACACCCGCCGCGGCCCUUCUAUGCAUUGGUGUCAUGUUGAUCGGCUCUUUUGCCUCGCCCGAGAGUGCAGACAACACUCGCGCAAACCGUGCAGUUAGUCUCUUCGGUCUGGCAGUCUUCCUCUUCGUACUCUGGGCUACAUCACGCAACCGCAAGAAGAUCAUCUGGCAUACAGUUAUUGUCGGCAUGUUAACCCAGUUCAUCAUUGCACUUUUUGUGCUCCGCUCUGGCGCCGGCUAUGAUAUCUUUAACUUUAUUUCUACUCUUGCCCGUGAACUGCUUGGGUUCGCCACCGAUGGUGUGGUCUUCCUAACCCAGCAGGAAUUCAUUGAUAUGAAACAAUACGUUAAGCCGGACCUGGAGACCAAAACUGGGGCGGCUCCUCUGGCACCCGGCAACUGGUUCCUGAUUGGCGUCGUCCCAGCCAUCCUCUUCUUUGUCUCCAUUGUCCAGCUCCUUUAUUACAGCGGCAUCUUGCAAUGGUUUAUCGGGAAGUUCGCCACCUUUUUCUUCUGGAGUCUUCGUGUCUCCGGAGCCGAGGCUGUUGUCGCUGCGGCAUCCCCCUUCAUUGGACAGGGUGAAUCUGCAAUGCUUAUUCGGCCGUUCGUUGCUCAUCUCACAAUGGCUGAGCUGCACCAGGUCAUGUGUUCCGGCUUUGCUACCAUUGCCGGAAGUGUCCUGAUUGCCUAUAUCUCAAUGGGUGUCAACCCACAGGCUUUAGUCUCGGCAUGUGUUAUGAGUAUUCCGGCCUCGCUAGCCUGCUCGAAGCUUCGUUGGCCCGAGGAGGAAGAGAGUUUGACAGCUGGUCGUGUGGUUGUGCCCGAUAACGAAGAGCACAAGUCGGCCAAUGCGCUGCACGCCUUUGCAACGGGAGCCUGGCUGGGUCUCAAGAUUGCCGCUAUGAUUGCCUCCACGCUGCUCUGCAUCAUCUCGCUGAUCGCUCUCAUUGACGGCCUUCUUGGUUGGUGGGGCAAAUACUUGAAUAUCAACGAACCCCCCUUGAGUCUCCACAUGAUUGUUGGCUACAUUUGCUACCCCAUCGCUUUCUUGCUUGGAGUUUCUCGCGAUGGGGACUUGCUCAAGGUCGGCCAGUUGAUUGGUCUCAAGCUCAUUUCCAACGAGUUCGUAGCAUACAACCAACUUCAGAACUCGGUCGAAUACGCCGAUCUAUCCGAUCGUUCCCGUCUCAUCGCAACAUAUGCGCUUUGCGGUUUCGCUAAUAUCGGUUCGCUGGGUAACCAAAUUGGAGUGCUUGCUCAGAUCUCGCCUGGGCGUAGCGCCGAUGUAUCGCGUGUCGCUGUUAGUGCCAUGAUUACCGGUGCUAUCAGUACUUUUACCAGUGCUACUGUCGCUGGGCUGCUUAUUACCGAUGAGAAGCAGUACUUUACUUCGGCUUGA